CUUACCAUAGCCUGACCGACUUAGGACUCUGUGUUUAUUGUAACUUUUUAAAAUUUACCUUCUGACUCUCGAGACGCUCUUACCGUUGACAAUGUCGGACUCCGUUAAGAACGUGCUCAUUUUUGGGGCGACGGGAAUGACCGGCUUGGCCACCCUGCCUCUCGUCGCGGCUGCAGACUACAACGUGACGGUGCUAGUGCGAGACCCUGCCAGACUGCCAGCAGACCACAAGGCCUCCAGAGUGGUUGUGGGUGACGUGCUGAACAAAGACGAUGUGAAGAAGGCCAUGGAGGGCCAGGACGCAGUCAUCAUCAUCCUGGGAACGAGGAACGAUCUCAGCCCGACCACCACCAUGUCUGAAGGCACCAAAAACAUUGUGGAGGCCAUGAAGGCUCGUGGCAUCCGCAAAGUGGUGGGCUGCAUGUCAGCCUUCCUGCUCUGGGACCGCUCCAAAGUGCCGCCGCGCAUGCUGGCCGUCACCGAGGACCACGACAGGAUGUACGACGUCCUCAAGUCAUCUGGCUUGGACUACGUGGCAGUCAUGCCCCCUCACAUUGGCAAUGAUCUUCCUCUGACGGAGAGCUACGUGGCGACAGAGAACACGUUGAGGGGCCGAGCCAUCUCCAAACAUGACCUGGGGCACUUCAUGGUUAAGUGUCUGUCCACCAACGAGUGGGAUGGCAAGACGGUGGGCGUGUGGGGGGACUACAAAUAGUUCAAAUCAAACCACCAAUGUUCAUCAAUGUUCAGUUUUGUGCUUUUCAAAUAAAUCAAGUUGAAAAUGUCUCUGCGAGACAUUUUCAUCCUUAAACGAAUUUAUGCUCACGAAUAUUCAAAGGCAACGUACCUUUUAUUCAAAAUGUAAAAGUGUCGUCAGGUGUGUUAACAACAUGCCUGUGGGAUGUUUUAUCAAACUUCUUAUGGUGAAAUCAGCGUCUUUAACCAUUCACUAAGCCACUGAAACACACUUGUCAGUAAAUGCACCGUUGUGGCGGAUGGCAGAGCCAACCAGAAAUCACCUCCACUCCGACAUCGACAGCAUCACCAAACAUUAUUAUCAAAGGCGACUGCUAAUCUGAGCAAACAUUGCAAACAUCUCCUUACCCAAAGGCUUUGGCAUGAUUACAUCAAGAUGAUACUUUCGCUUUGGAGUUUCGACCAGCCUAUCAAUGACUGAUAUGAUCAGCAAUAGACCAGUUUUUCACCACAAAUUAGGCAUGCUGGUAAAUGCAAACGAAUCUGCCCAGCCAUCAUUAAAUGUUCUAUUUUUUCAGUUUUUUUUCUUUUCUUAGAUGUCACCAUUUUUGGACUAGCUACUGUUGAAAGUCUCGAUGAAUGUAUCCGGCGUUUUACGGGCUGUCGGAGAGUGUGACGCAUAUUUUGAGAUGAUGAAAAUAAUACAAUAUAUAAAUAGUUUUAUGGUAAUAUUUUGAGAUCACAACAAUCUUACAAUUUACAAGUACAAUUAAACAAAACGAACCAACACAAAUAAAAUACUUUUUCCAUA